AUGGAAAAUAAAAUAUCAAUUAUAAUAGACAAUAAUAGAAUAAAAGCAAAUGAUAUAGAUUUAAACAUAAAAGAAUGGAUUACGAGCAAGGAAGAUUGUGAAAAUGUUUUCAGAAAUAAAAAAAUAAUGUAUUUUUCUGAUUACUUAUCUAAAUUUGAUGAUGAUAUAAAACAUAAAAUAGAGGAUGAAGAAAUAAUUAUUAUAUGUACUAUUGUUAAUAUACCAUAUCAAGUAAGAAAAUAUAAUGAAGAAAAAUAUAUCUUUUGGGAUAUCUCUGAUUUAAAAGAGACUCAAUCGCGAUUAUUUCUAUCUGGUGAAGUUUGUGAGGAAAAUGAAAAUGAAAAAGAAGGUGCUGUAAUUGCAUUAAUUAAUCCAUUGAUGAAAGAAAAAGAUCCUCAAUAUUAUAAUUCAAGAAUUUUAGAAAUACAUAAGAAAAGCAAUUUAAUAAUAAUAGGUUUAAUUGAUGGAUUAGAAAAAUGUAAAGGUAUAACAAGAAGUGGUGAUAAAUGUAAAAUAAAAUUAUAUGCACCUCUAUAUGGUUAUUAUUGUAAGUAUCAUAUUAAACAGAAUAAAAAAGAAAAAAAGAAAAAAAAUAAUAGUAAUGAAAAUGAAUCAAAUAAAAAUGACAAAAAUUGCAUAACGAAUAUUGAUAUUGAUAAAAAAUAUAGUUUAAAUAAUAAUGACAAUAAUAAAAAAAAUAAUAAAAAAAAAAAAAAAGAAAAGGAUACUGACGACGAAGAAUACUUUGAUGUAGAAUCUAUUAUAGGCAUGUACAGUAAAAAAAUAGUAGCUAAAGAUAAAAAAAAAAAAAUUGAAAUAAUUAAUAAUAGAAUAAAAGAAUUAGAUGAAUAUGCAAAAUUAAACAAGGACUUAAAUUAUAUAGAUAAUAUAAAAAAUGAUACUAUGAAUCAAGGAUGCUCAACAACACAAAAAUCUGCCAACGAUUUAUUUUCAGAGCAAUGUCCUGAGCUUAUAUAUUUGAUUAAUAAAUCAAAUAAAAUAAAUGAAAAAGAAAAAAAGAAAGAUGAUGAUGAUGCAAAAAUAAUAGAAGAUAUAGAUGUACUAAAUGAAAACAUCGCUUCAAAUGAGGAAAAGCAAAAAAAAAAAUUUGAAAAUUUUUUAAGUAAAUUAAUUGAAUUGCAAAAAUCGAAAGAUGAGAAUGACAUGAAAACAUUAUUGAAAGGCUUAAUUUAUGUUACUAAUAACUUUAACUUUCAUUUGAAACAUAUAGAAAACUCGAAUAUAUUCGAUAUUUGUUAUAAAUUAUUGGAUCAUAGAAGUGAAGAAAUUGCAAUAGCAGCUCUAAAGUUUAAAAGAAAAAUUAAUAAGCUAUAUAUUGAUUAUUAUAAAAAUAGACUCAAGAAACAGAAAGUUGAAACUUUAGAAAGAGGCGAAAACAAAAGUGAAAACAAUUUUAUAAAAAAAUGA